AUGCAGCAACUGUCCACCCAGAUGCCUUCUGCUCAGCUCCGAUCUCCAACCAUGGCCUCGAACACUUCCAGCUCAGAUCGCGGUAGCCCAGGGCCGAGCAUUCAUUACAAAAGGCUCGGCUAUGGACAGCAGCCCAGUUACAACGACAACGAUCCCUCCGCUCUUCCAGAGAUCGAGCAUCUCCGCCGCGAGCUCGAAGACGCCCGUAUACGCAUCGAUCGUGACACCGGUGUCAUCAAUAGCCUUCACGAAAAAGUCACCCAGCUAGAUGAGCUUGUCAAGAAGCAGCAGGUCACGAUCAGCAAUCAGAGCAAGACGAUUUCUGAUCGUAGACCUCUGAGGAAGCAGCAGUCGCAGAUUCAUGCACAGGUGCAGUCGCACAUGGCCAUGGGGUUCUAUCCAAUGACGCCUAGCCACCACCAUCACGUCCAUCAGUGCCAGUACCCGGGGUCUGGGACAUCGGGUGUUCCACCAUGCAGCGGUGCAGUGUGCGUUGUGCAUAACACUUUGUCGCCAUUUGAAAGCCAGACUUCCCAAGCCCAGAGUCAGGCGCAGACUCCUCAGUCAGCGUAUUCGCCUGAAUAUGCUUCUCAAGGUGGUACUGUGUUCGAUCAACCCCCUCCAAAGUUCGAGAUCCCGCUUGGCGCGCAUGGUUCUUCCACGCAAGUUUCUUCGUCUGGUCUGGUUCCAAACUUUGGAAGACCGUCGGACGUAUUCAGCCCUUUCACGUCUACUACCGUUUCUAACAGUGUCGAUCAUGCAAUUCCGGCUAGUUCAAAUGGCGCAGCUGAUUGCCAUAAGAAGAUGGCGGAUUUCUCCAACCGGUUCCAGGCCCUGAUGCGCAUGUCUGAGAUCUUUGGCCAGACACAUGCAAGCUUGCCGAAUAUUUUCAUGGACAGCCACAUGGACGACCAUGUCAAGGAAUACCUCAUGGCGAUAUCCAGGGGAACAAAAGCCUCAGACCUUCUCGGAAACGCUGCGACACGUGGUUUCUUCGUUGCGAAGGCCAUAAACUGGUAUCUCGUCGAGAAAGUCUUGUGCAUGACCGCUAUCAGCGGCUUUGACGCCUCUGUUGAUGUGGAGAUCAGUCAGAUCCAGAAACAGAUGGCUUCCAGCACUCCCAUCAUGCGCCACAUAAUGCUCACCGCUAUAGCAACGCACAUAGCAGCCAUUUGCAAGCGACCCGGUUUCGCGGAGUACAACCAGCAAAACAUCCAAGUUCACCUCCACCGACUUUGGGCCUAUAUUGGUCCUCUCGGCCAUGACGCACCGGCUAACCAAAACAGCUCGAUGUGGAACGACCUCCACGCCAUAAUAUCCGAGGCCCAGUCACUCGCUACCGACAUGUACUCCAUGCCUCUGGAGUAUCGAUUCGAGUUCCCUGAGCAGAGCGAGCCGUUCGAUCCGCAAACCAUGAUCAACCGUGACCCUUGGGUUCUUGCGGAUCCGAGUGCUCUACAGAACACGGAUACGCGUGUUCGGCUGGGCAUCACGCCUAUUGCACGGGUCCGAGAUAAUUCUCAGAGCCCCGGUGAUGUGCAGAUGGUUUACAUGGGCCAUGUGUUGCUGAAGGGUCCCAAGAAACAGAUGCUUUGA